GAACGAUUUUUGCACAUGACGAGAAGAGGGGUAGAAGAUGGUGCUCUCCCACCAGAUCAACGACGGGUUUGGGAGAGAAAGCAUCAACGCUCACGGCACCUUAAGGAAACAGACUAUCACUACAAAAUUGAAACUGAUCCAUCAGCACCAUGGAGAACCCCUCAUUUGUCCUGCGCGACAUCAAAGACGUCGUCAUUGAAGACCGGCCCAAACCCAUCCUCAAAGACCCUCACGAUGUGAUUGUCCAUGUGGCACAGACAGGUAUUUGUGGAAGUGAUGUUCACUACUGGCAACGCGGUCGCAUCGGUGAUUUCAUCCUUACCGGACCCAUGGUCCUCGGCCACGAAUCCUCCGGCGUAGUUGUCGAAGUCGGUGACAAAGUCCGACACCUCAGACCGGGCGAUCGCGUCGCCAUGGAACCCGGCGUACCCUGUCGUCGUUGCGACUACUGCCGCAGUGGGUCGUAUAACCUCUGCGGCGACACCAUCUUUGCGGCGACCCCGCCUUGGGAUGGCACACUGGCCAAAUACUACGUCAACGCCGCCGACUAUUGCUACAAGGUGCCAGACCACAUGACUCUCGAGGAAGCAGCCAUGGCUGAGCCUGUAUCGGUCGCCGUGGCCAUCACCAAGACAGCUAACCUGCAAGCCCAUCAGACUGUCUUGGUUCUGGGCUGUGGUCCGAUCGGCGUACUCUGUCAGGCCGUGGCCAAGGCCGCUGGAGCAAAGACCGUCAUCGGAGUGGAUGUGGUUCCAUCCCGACUGGAAGUCGCCAAGUCGUACGGCGUCGAUCACACAUUCAUGCCCUCGCGGGCCGAGCCAGGCACAGACCCCAUGGUGCACGCGGAGCGGGUGGCUACACAGCUGAGGGAGGAGCUGGGACUGGGAGAAGGCGCCGACGUGGUGCUGGAGUGCUCUGGUGCUGAGCCGUGUGUCCAGUUGGGUAUCUAUGCCGCCCGCCGGGGAGCUACGUUCGUGCAGGCCGGUAUGGGCAAGGAGAACAUCACGUUCCCCAUUACGGCGGUGUGCACGCGUGGGUUGACCAUCAAGGGAUCGAUCCGCUAUCUGACCGGAUGCUACCCGGCGGCUAUUGAUCUGAUUGCCAAGGGCAAGAUUGAUGUGAAGCGGUUGAUCACGAACCGGUUCCCGUUCGAGAAGGCCGAGGAAGCGUUUGAGUUGGUCAAGGCGGGACGGUCGGAUGUGUUCAAGGUCAUGAUUGCGGGUGUGCAGGAGUAAUUUGUAAAUACACAUAGCGUACGUCGGGUUUGUUUGUUGACAGUCAAUGUGGUUUAGUGUGGAAGGGGAUUCCUAUACUACCACGGGACAAGUUUGGGAGGAUUCUGGCCGUUGAGAUGCGCACGACUUCUAGGAAUGAAAAAGAUUAC